AUGUCAAUGGGGAACAUGUCGGUCGGCAAGGCCGCCAGUAGGAUGCGCGCGAAGUGGGCUGUUGUCGCCUCUGAUCGUAAAACCUGCGUCUUGUUCGAUGCGGACUUUCUCCGGGUGAAACGGGCGCGGGAGAGGGGGGGCGCGACCUUGUUAGGGGGAGGCUGGCACCUGCGGCGCAACCACUUGUCACUGCUCGACCGGCGCGCGCGCAUCGCCGCCGAC